AUGUGUGAGGUUCAGACCGAGCUCAAUGGUCUAUGUGGACACAUCUUGGAGUGGGACGCCUCCGAGCGAUGGAAGGUGCGUUUGGACAAUGGCAGUGGCAAGAUGCUGCGCACGGAGAACUUGGAGUCCGAAGGCCCAGAAGAUGUCAGUCCGCCCGCAGUUGUGAAAAGCGCUUCUGCGGAGCGUGUGGACAGGCGCUUCAAGCCUCGUGAUCGCGUGCGGGUGACCGGACUUCAGACUCAGCCGGCUCUGAAUGGUAUCCUCGGCACCAUCAUCGCCUGGGACGGUGUACAGGAACGUUGGAAGGUGCACUUGGACGAUGGCUCAGGGAAGCUGUUCCUUCCCGCGAACGUGGAGCCCUGCAUGGAGCCGGCUCCCCCAGGUGUGGAAGAAGUUGAAGCUCCAGACAGAAGAAGCUCAGGUCUGCAGGAGAGGCCAGAGGAGAGGUCGUCGCCGAGCGCCGGCGUGUCACCGAGCGCCGGCGCGGUCGCCCCGCUGGAGCUGGGGCAACGCGUCAGAGUCGUGGACUUGAAGGCACGGCCAGACCUCAACGGUCGCCUGGGACGCAUCGUGGAAUGGAACGAAGCAGAGGAGCGAUGGAAGGUGAUGUUGGACGACCAGAUUGGGAAGUUGCUGAAAUCGAGCAACCUCCUAGCAGUCAAGGAGCCACCGCAAGACUUCGUGGCGGGCGACCGCGUCCGAGUGAAGGACUUGAAGGCACGGCCGGAGCUCAAUGGCUCGCCUGGCUGGGUGGUGGACUGGGACAGUCAGGAGAAGCGUUGGAAGGUGGUCAUGGAGGAUGGCACCGGAAAGCUUCUGAAGCCCGAGAACUUAGAGAAGCUCGUCGCGCAUCAAAGGGUGGAUCUGGAGGAGGGCAUGCGCGUGCGUGUGCUUGGCCUGCAGAAGCAGCCAGAGUUGAAUGGUUCCUUGGGGAAGUUGGUGAGCUUUGAUGAUGAGGAGGAGCGUUGGCAGGUUGUGAUGGAUGAUGGCACUGGGAAAUUGCUGAGGCCUCAGAAUUUGCAACCAGCGCCCGAUGCGCCGAUGCCUGCGCCGGUGCCUGCGCCGGUGCCUGCGCCGGUGCCUGCGCCGGUGCCCGACGCGCCAGCACCAGCUCCAACUGCUCCAUGCAUGGCAUCGCCGGAGUUGACGGCCACGCCUGGUGCGACGGCCCCUGCACGGGACGUCGCAGCCGAAGUGCCGCAGUUCAGCGGUGGACGUCUUGCCGAAGUCGCAGUGGAGGAGGACGACGCGCCAAAGGAUCGAAUUCUGCUUUCACCGAACGAUGAGGAGUCUCAAAGGAGCCUCCAUCCUGGUUCUCGAGUCAGGUGUCAAGGCUUACAACAGCAAUGGCACAUCAACGGUCAGUACGGCACUGUAGUGGCUUGGGACCGUGCGGAACAGAGAUGGCAGGUGCGCCUGGACAGCGGCAGCGGUCACUCCCUCCAGGCGAAGAACCUGCAGCUGCAAGCCUCCUCGGUGGCCGCUGGUGCGCGCGUGGUGGUCAAAGGCCUCCGCUCGCAGCCGGAGCUCAACGGCGCGGUGGGCACCGCCCGGCGGUGGGAUGUCACCGAGGAGCGCUGGCAGGUGUUAAUGGACGUUGGCGCCGAAAAAAUGUUCAGGCCGAACAACCUGGAGCUGGGACCGGAGGAGACGGGUCCAAGACCUUUGGACUCGCUCUCUGGCAAGCUGGGCUUUGCGCCGCCAGCGCGCAGCUACACCUUGCGCGCGGGCUGCCGGAUCCAGGUCUUCGACUUGAAGCGGCAGACGGAGCUCAACGGCUCCAUGGGAGUGGCCUUAGAGUGGGUACAGCAGAUUGAGCGCUGGAAGGUGGUCUUGGAUGAUGGGUCCUCCUUGUUGCUCCGUCCGGCCCACCUCACUGCCGUGGGGAAGGGCUGGGACUCCGCCUCGGCACAGACCUGUGAGUGA